GGCGGAACUUUAACAGACUGCAUUGGUAACCCCGGAUUUGGAGAUAACAAGGAAGAUGUGGUCAUAAAAUUGUUGUCUGUGGACACCAAAAACUAUCCAGGUGCACAACUGAAGGGAACUAUAAGACCCAAGGAAAUUUUCCAGAAAAAAACCAUUUCAAGAGGUAUUCUCUUAUACUUGUCCGAAGUUGAAAGCUUGAGAAUGGGAACCACAUUGACGAACAAUUGCGCACUUGAACGGAAUGACACGCUCCGCUUUUAUUACCACCAAGGGCUCAAGGACAGCCUCUUGAUAGGUGACCUGACGAGACACAAGAUUAUCGGUUUGAAAACCAAAGGCCUCACUCUUCUGUAUGAAGAAGUUAUUGAAGCUGACGAAAGAUUGACUCUAGGAAACGUUUCAGAGGGUCCAGAAAACGACAGGUCUCACGCUAAUCCUAAUGAGAACGUUUUCGUAGGCAAAAGUGGUGAACUCGUACGGGUUUUGAAAACAGAUCUCGGUCUAUGCCAAAGGCAAUCUUUCAAUCGGAGUUGCACUUCUUCGUUCCUACACUUAUAUCCGGAACGUGAAGAGGAAGUUACGAAAUUGUCCUCUGAGAUCGGCUUCACCCAUAUCUCUUUAUCGUCACAAAUUUCGCCCAUGAUCAAGUAUCUACCCUGAGGUAAUAGCGCCAUCGCUGACGCUUAUCUGACACCCGUAAUAAAAAAAUACCUGGAUGAUCUCCAAGCCGGUUUCAUCAAUACCCACAACACAAGUAUUCAGUUUAUGCAAUCUGAUGGUGGAUUGGUAGAGGCAAUUGGAUACUCGGUGACAUUGAGUUUCACAAACCUGGUAAAAUUUAUGUUCUUUCUGAAAGACGUGUCGUUGCUUCACAUGGGCUCAUUGGGUGACGAAGCUGAGAGAGGCCUCCAUUUAUGGAUUUGCGGAGACAUUGAAACUGUCACGAAUAUUGGCGCCAAGAUAACGAUUAAGAUUCACCCCAGUGACAGGAUUGUAAUAUGGACACCUGGCGGCGGUGGAUAG